AUGGACCUCACAAUUUCACACUGUCUCGCGAGGAUAGUAUACACGACUGGCACGGACGCAAACGCGCAAGCUUAUCUUUCCACUGCCGGUCGCAUAGACGAUGAUAUUCAUACUCCUGAUAUCGUAUACGUCGACCCUUCGGAUAUCGCCCGCCAUGGCAAAGAGACUCUUCGCAUCGAGCUCAUGCCUUCUGAAUUCUACGACCAAUCUUCAGUCUCGUACGAUCUGAACAGCUUGGAUGCCUUUCCAGAGGCGUGGGGCUAUACCUUCCACUCAGCAUGCUGGAAGAUACUUAUAGCGUUCCGACCAAUUACACAGAAGGAUUUGCAGUCGUUAUUGAAGCUUGGCCGCUUGAUGCCAAAGCAAAGGGGUCUGAUAAACUGGGGCCAUGACUAUGGCGGACAAGCAAGCCGAAGCCAUGCAGUUGCACCGGGAGAAGAGAGCGUUCUUUUAGAAUCAGUCCUUGUGGCGGACCUCGACAUUGAUCCUGGGGACUUCGAUGUACUGCACCAAAUAUUUCGGAGCCACAGCUUUGAUUCCUGCCGAAACAACAGUGACACGGCUAUCAGUCUACCAGAAGUGACCACCACACCGGACUUUUCCAGCGACCUUUCCAGCGACUUUUUCGGCAAAUUUCCUACGGAAAUUCUUUUUAUGAUUAUCGAUCGCCUUACUCGAGAAGAUGUCUCUUCAAAUGGAUUGAUAACCGCAAAGCCUGUGACAGUAUGCGAUAUCCUACUGAUGAAUCUGCAAGUCAUACUGUCGUUGGCUUUUGGGCAACCAUGGUAA